CCCCGUACUGCUGCAACACCCCCACCGCAUAUCUGCCCAGCGAGCCACUCUCAGCGUCCCCCGACAUCAUGCCUGUACCACUCGCCCCGGCCAUAAACAAGGCGAACACCCCUGACGGCGCCGCCAACUCAGCGUCUACACAAAAACAGAAGGAGAAGGAGAAAGAGAAGCAGCGGCAGCCGUCACAGGAAGGACCAAAGCCUCCCAAGAAAGAGGCUCCUGCUCAGAAGUACCCGCCGAGCCUAUCCAAACAACCCCCGCAGCAGCAGCAGCCGUCACGCGCAAAGAAGGCAUACCGCCGCUCUAGCAAACCCAUUAUCAGCUGGCUGCAGAAGAAAUGGGCCGGUCGGCCCAGGACAACAUCGGACACCGGGCACAGGAGGGACGGGAAGGGACGUGGCGGCGCGGCCAGAGACGGCAGCUUGAAGCGGAUCCCAUCGACGCCCUCCCUGCCUACAAAUAGGAAUAGCACGGGCACGCGGUACGAGUACAGGGGGGACGCCACGAGGCUGAACACCAUCUCCCUGAACGGAGACGAGGACUUCCGCGUGCCCCGUGCCGAGAGCGACGACGAGGAUGAGCGGUCGACGCGCCGCUCGUCCAUCGCGGGGAACUCGCUGUGGUCCCCUUCAAGCCCCGUCGAGGCGGACGAAGACGCCUCGGUCCGCCCCAUCCCUCCCAGUGGCCCACCCUCGCCCUCUCCGUCCCGGUCGUCCUCGUCAUACCUGUCCGACCCACGCACGUUCAGGAGCAUGGCUGCAAGUACCAAGCCUACUACUCUCUUAAGCGUUGAUCUAACGACGAAUGGUAUGGCCCAUAUCGCACAGCCGCCCACCCCCAUCUCUCAACAUGCACGAAUUGCGCCACAUCGCCGAGCAUCGUCCGCUGGCACAACUGGUGGCGGGUCGGUCACGUUCUCAGUUAUGCCGCUGAAUGGCGGGCAAUCGCCAUCGACCCCUUCAAGCUUGCUCAAUGCUGCUAAUUUGGCAGCCAUGUCAAGAAGUAAUACGAUGCCCGUGUCGAUACAAGCUCCGCUACAUACGACCCACCAUCCGCGUGAUAACCCGCGACCGUCAUCGCCUCCCCAGGACGAUGCAUCAGUGUUAACCCUUGCGUCGUCCGCCUUCGGUAUGCCCAAUGCUCGUAUCGGCGUCAAUGCCCUCGUUGCGGCAGGUCGUACGGGCUCGACGAUCGGGGCCGGCGAAGACUCGGUCUCCCGUUUCGAAGUCGGCACCGUGGACAGCUUCAGCCACUUCGUGGGUGACGACCUGGACCGCGACGUCGAUGCCAGCGUGCGCGCACUGAGGCCGCGAAGCUCCAGGAGGGGCAGCUGGGAGAGCGAGGCCAGCGAGUGGAGUGCACGCGUCGGGACUGGUCCUGGGUCUAUGUUGCGCGACAGAAGCUUCAGGACCUCGUAUAGUGUGCGGACCGGAGCGUUGGUCAGCGGGGAGAACGAUGGGGAGGAAGAGACGAUUGAUGAGGAUGUGGACGAUGAGGUGGAGGAGGGAGAGACGCCGGAGUCCAGUGCCAGGGCCGGCACGUCUGUUGCGGAUGAUGUGACGGCCGAUUCAGCGACUGAGGAGCAUUUGUACCAGCCGAUGGACGGGGACAAGGGGAAGGAGAAGGAGGAGACAGUUGCGGAAUCGGAUGGUUCGACGCCCCAGCAUGAGGCGAAGGAGAUCACCCCUUCUCCGUCGUUGUCACCUGCACAGGGCCAGGAGCCGGAGACAACACCGAAAGGCGAAGACAAGAAGGAUUACUUCGAAGCUGCAGACGCGACAAGUGCGACCCAGCACCUCCAGAUACCUGGACAGACCCCACCUAAGGUGGCGACUCCGCGGUCGGGCGUAUAUGACGACGCUCAUAGCGUCGCGCCGUCGGAGAAUACCACCGACGUCUGGGUGUCUGCGCCGUCUACACCGCUGACUCUCGCAUAGUCUCCACUACACAUGCUUCUGACUCUUACGCUGGUCCGUAGUGAGUCCUACUUUCGGUGGCGUAUGGUCGCAUACUUAUGUUAUCAUUGUUAUAACCGUAGAUCUCUUACUCUUCUUAUGCCCUCGGACAUCUUCGUGUUCUUCUGAUAAUGAUUUAUCUUAGCAGCUUCGUAACUUUUCUCUAGGCAUCUACUUGAAUUUUGUAUGCUGCAGUGUACGUAUAUGCCAGCGCGGGAUUACUAUGGCUCUGAGAU